GUGUGCUGGAGAGCAGCUUUUAGCCUCUCGGCUAAUCAUUUGUCAUGGAUCAGUGUGUGCAUGUGUGCGUGUGUGUGUGUCGUCUUGAAGCUAAACGAAGUCGUGUGUGCGUGUGGGGAUACACGCAUCUGUAUGUGACUGUGGAUGUGUGUUUGUUUGCUAACAUGUCAAAUCUAACAUGUUAGCUAUAGUGCUAAUUUACCAAAGCUAGUUGGCUAAUAUCCUAAAUUAGCUCUUUCUGGGUGCCGCCUGAAUGCAACAUGUCCAGCUGUGUGUUAGAGAUAUUGUAGCUAUUUUAGCACCCUUGCUACAACAGUUCAAGAUAAUUUCUUAUAUGAAAGGUGUAUUAGGUGUCAACUGUUGGACAGCAAGGUAGGCUAAUUUUGUUGGCUAAUAGCUUAGCAGCUGGCUCGCUAAUUGACCCAGUUUAAAGGGGCAGAGGCCGUGUUGGCGUUCCAACGCGACACAAACUUUGUUUACAACUUUUCUCCCCCGCCCUUAAUUAUUUUGUUACACUUUUCAACAACAGUUUCCCAUUUCAGACCCAACACCCUGUUUCAACUCUGAACCUUCACGGUUGCUGAGAUGGAGUCGCUGAUGAACGCGGUGACGCCGCGCUCUCCGGCCCCCGUUAAGAAGCUGUCUGAGGUGGACUUCCGCUCAGGGGCCACCCUGGAGCAGCUGUCGGCCCAGGUGUCGGAGCUGGUGCUGCUGGAGCAGGGGGAGUUUGGAGACCAGACCGCCUUAGAGGUCCACACUGCCAAGGACUUCAUCUUCAACAUGCUCGGUUUAGUCCAGAAGGUGGACCAGCGCCUCCCGGUGGCCAACGAGUACCUGCUGCUGUCCGGCGGCGCCCGGGAAGGCGUCCUGGACCUGAACCCGGAGGACCUGGGCGAGUACGCCAAGGGGGCCGACUUCGACCUGGACUUCACCCUGCUGGUUCCCGCCCUGAAGCUGCACGACCGCAACCAGCCGGUGACCUUGGACAUGAGGCGCUCGCCGCCGUGCCACUCCUGGCUCAGCCUGCGCCUCUGCGACUCCAACGUCCUGUCGCGCUGGAGCGUCUGCUGCCAGGAGGAGAGCGGGCUCCCUGCCGAGGAAGACGAGGACGAGGAGGAGGAGAUGGGUAAAGGCUCCAUCCCGUCGCUGGGCUCCCCUCAGUCCCUGGACGGCUGCUACUUCUCGCCCAGCCUGGUGGCGGACUGGUUCUGGGGGGUGGUGAGCGAGGCUGUGGAGGAGCUGCGGCGCAGCCCGCAGAGAGGCAUCCCGACCGCGGAGCGGCUGGAGAGGAACGGGCCCCUGACCACCAUCAUCCUCCAGGCGGGCUCCAGCCGGGUCCUGUACGACCUGCUGCCGGUGGUGUCGUUCCGGGGCUGGCCCGCCGUGGCCCAGGGCUGGCUGACGGCCAACCACUUCUGGGACGGUAAGAUCACGGAGGAGGAGGCCAUCUCCGGGUUCUACCUGCUGCCUUGCUGCUCCCCGCUGGGCGGCCGGCCCGACCGCGAGUGGAGGCUGGCCUUCUCCCGCAGCGAGGUCCAGCUGAAGAAGUGCAUCCCGUUCCCGAUGGCGCAGGCCUUCCAGGCGGCCAAGGCGGUUCUGUCCCGCAUCCUGGCCCGGCCUCGGUCCGGCCUCAGCCUCUACCACCUGCGCACGCUCCUGUUCUGGGCCUGCGACCGACUCCCCGCCGCCUACCUGUCCUGCCCCGAGCCCGACGCCCCGGGCCGCCUCCUCCUGGGUCUGCUGGACGACCUGGCGCACUGCAUCCUGGGUAAGAACUGCCCCAACUACUUCCUGCCGCAGUGCAACAUGCUGGAGCACCUGAGCGACGGCCAGGCGCUGCUGGUGGCCAGGAAGCUGGCCCACGUGCGCUCGGACCCCAGCGAACACCUGCGGGCCGCCCUGGACCAGGCGCGCCAGGCGGGCCAGCUGAAGAAGGAGCUGGCGGGCGGCGCCGCCAACGGACACGGCUCGCCGGGACUCCACCCGGCCAACGGCAUCAUCUCGCCGUCGGAGGACAAGCUGGCGCAGCGGCUGCAGCAGCUGGUGACAGAGAACCCCGGGAAGUCCAUCUCGGUCUUCCUGAACCCCGACGACGUGUCGCGGCCGCACUUCCGCAUCGACGACAAGUUCUACUGAGAGUCUGGAACUGAACCCUGCUGCUCCGUCAAGGCAGGAUGUCACUUUUAUAAAAAUAUUUGUUAAAACCGUCAUCAUGUUGACAGUUUAUGAGACAGAUAAUCGAGAUUGUUUCAGUGCAAACAAGAAACAACCAAUCAGAGCCAGGAGGCAGGUCUAAGUGCUGUCAAUCAUGCUCGUGUGCUACAAUACAGCUUGUCAGCAGAGCCCAUGGUGAAUGCUAAAGCUAGUUAGCGUGGCCACCAAUGACUUGCCUCGUCACAAUAACAAAUUUACUUUGUGAUAACGUCGGCGGCGAUAAAUCGUCCCCGACGUUAUCGUGAUAAAUAAUAUUGUUUUGAGAACAUUAUCAAGUUAUAAUGUUGAUAAUGUUCAACAUUAUAACUUGUUGAACAUUA